AUGCAACUGUACUUCUUCACUUCAUUCGGAAGCAAACUCGAGCGCUCGGAUCGAUUUAGCGCCAUGCCGGGCGACUAUGCGUACUUCUCGGUUGUUGUGACCUUUCUCAUAGCAGUUUUGUCCGUAUUCCUCAACUACCCAUCUGGCAUGCCACUGUUGGGCUCGUCGUUCAUCUUUGCUAUUAUCUACUACUGGUCAAGGAUCGAGCCUAAUGCACAGCUGUCUUUCUUCGGAUUCGUCAUCCAGGGGUAUCAGUUCCCCUUUGCCCUCAUGGUCUUCACCAUGCUCAUGGGAGGGGAUAUUUGGAUGGACGUGCUUGGUCUGGGAGCUGCUCACAUUUACUACUUCCUCCGAGAUGUGGUGCCAAUGGAGUACGGCAAGGAGUACCUCAAAACGCCCGAGUUCAUGAACAAGUUGAUGGUCCGAGCAGGAGCUGGUCAGCCAGGAGCCGCAGCCAACUAUCAACGACAAGCUCAGAUGCGACAGCAGAGAGAUAUGCGAUUUCAGGGUGAGGGUCAUCGUCUGGGAUAA